CCGACGGUUGACCUUGGACAACACGCCUGCGCCUUACCAUCCGAAACCCAUCGACAUCAUCGACGAAGCUCAUUUCCGCAUCGAAUAGUACCCAUUUUCUACACCAAAACAUCGAUUGCUCGCCGAUAUCUCCCGUCCGCCAUACAUGCCGUCUCUCGCAUCGCGAUAAUUCGGCCGUCGUCGGAUCAGCCUGACCAGGGGCCGGCCUCCACGUCCCCACCGCAGCCCUGGACGAAAUGGGAGUCAUAAGAAAGAAGACCGUCACACGGGGUGGCGAGGGCGGUGUCAAAUAUCAUUGCGACAUCUGUUCUGUAGACAUCACUUCAACAGUACGCAUCAGAUGUGCACACUCUUCUUGCAACGAAUACGACCUAUGCGUCCAAUGCUUCUCUCAAGGGAAGUCUAGCUCGAACCACAAGCCCGAAUCACAUCCAUACCGAGUCAUCGAACAGAACUCGUUCCCCAUCUUCGACCGCGACUGGGGUGCCGACGAAGAACUAUUACUGCUUGAGGGCGCGGAGAUAUACGGCCUGGGAUCAUGGGCCGACAUCGCCGACCACAUUGGCGGCUUUCGCCACAAAGAUGAAGUGCGGGACCACUAUCUCAAAGUCUACGUCGACUCACCACGAUUCCCGCUGCCGAAACGAUGUAGUCCUAACGACAUGGAUCUUGCGAACGAGAUCUCUAGGGAAGAUUUCCAGGCCAAGAAGAAGCGCAGGAUAGAGGAGCGGAAAGAAGCCGCUAAGAACGCACCCACAUUACAGCCCAAGACGAAGCCGACUGCUUCGGUACCGUCCUGCCACGAAAUCCAGGGCUACAUGCCUGGGCGCUUGGAGUUCGAGACCGAAUACGCCAACGAGGCCGAAGAAGCAGUGCAGCUCAUGCAGUUCGACCCAGGUGAUGGCCUGAAUCCCCGGACGGGGGAGCUGGAGCCGGAAAUGGAGCUGAAGCUUACGGUCAUGGACAUUUACAACUGCCGUUUGACGCAGCGUGUGGACAGGAAAAAGGUCGUCUUCGAACACAAUCUGUUGGAGUACCGUGAAAAUACAAAGGUGGAAAAGAAGAGGAGCAAGGAAGAGAGGGACCUCCUUAACAAGGCGAAGCCUUUUGCCCGGAUGAUGAACCACGACGACUUUGAGAGUCUGUGCCAGGGCCUGAUCGAUGAGCUCAAUCUGCGGCAGGCCAUCCAGCAGCUUCAGGAAUGGCGCAGCGUGCGCAUAGGUGACCUGCGCAGUGGCGAGAAAUACGAAACGGAGAAGGCGCAGCGAGCGCAAAAAGCGAUACCCAUGGGAUCUAUGGAUAGGGACCGAUUGGCUUCGGCACAGCGGUCUAAGGCAGCCGCUGUGCCGGAUCCCCCGAGCGGCGCCGCCUUGCUUGUUGCACCUGAGCUGCCCAUUCGGUCGGCGCCCGCUCCUGACGGCACCAACGGCACUAUUCCGCCAAAGGAAUCCAACGGAGACAGCAACCCUCAGGCCAACGGCGCUCUCAACGGGGCCUCUACUAAUGGCACGGUCGUCGUUGCUAACGGCGUGGCUCCCUCUGGCCCUGUUACACGGCAGAAGUACAUGGCCGCGGCCCUGCCCGGUGUCACGCCUCUCCAGCUCACACAGGAUGGCGCACCAGACUUACAUCUCCUCACGCCGGAGGAAGCCAAGCUCUGUGAAGUGGUGCGGUUGCAGCCGAAGCCGUACCUUAUGAUCAAAGAACAGAUUCUCAAAGAGGCUCUCAAGACCAACGGCACCCUUAAGAAGAAGCAGGCUAAGGAGAUCUGCAGACUUGACUCACAGAAAGGCGGGCGCAUCUUCGACUUUUUUAUCAACGCCGGAUGGGUCGGCCGAGCGUAAACACAGCGGCAACCGUAGCUCGCCCGCGAGUUGGCAAGCUUUUGGGACUUCAGAUCUGCGCCGAGAGGGCUUAUCUUGGGCGUUGCGUCAGAAGGGGCGAUGUGUUGCUGCCGGGGGUUUUUUUUUUUU